UUUAUCUCAACCCCCGUUAUAUUAUAUUGGAUAUAUUCACACAUUAAAAAUAAUAUUUAGAGCCCAUUAUAAACAUUAACCAAUUCAUUGAUAUUUGCGUCAAACCCGUUAUCAUUGACUAAACAAUUUAACUCCGAACAUUUACUCGGCCUCCUUUUUUGUGUCAAUUUCCUGAAGACUAAAUUUUUGGCAACAAACGCCAAAAAAACUACAAGGAAAAAAAUAACACCCACAAAUCAAUCGGAUACUUUACACAUCACAACGACAAUUAACUACUAACAAGGUUCAAAUAUACCUCCAAGUCCUAUUCAACAGUUUAACGUACCUUUUUUUUUUUGCCUCUCGUUAUUAUCUCAACUAAUAAUACAGAAUGGGUAUUCUUGACAAUCUCAAGUCUUUUGUUCAUUCGAUCACCACGGAGGAUCAUUAUGCUUCCUUUGAUUCUCCUUACAAGAACUCAACAAUUUCAUCUGGAAAUGGUGCGAAUUCUUCUCUGAGACUCCAUGAAUUAGGUAGAUUACGCACUGCAAACUCUUCCAGUCAAUCCUUACAUGAGGGAAGUCGUAACUCUUCCUCCAAUAACGUGGUUGGUUAUAGACCAGGUCUUCGUUCUUCCACAACAAAUUUAUCAUCUUCAAACAAUGGAUCUGAAGUACAAUUACAAAACUUAAACACAUCUGGUCAACCACCAUUGCCUCUGAUAGAUUCUUUAUGGCUGCGUAUUGAACUGUGGGUUGAUGAAGAAUAUCCAGAAUUGGGUGAUAAUCUUAACUAUGGAGUCACUACCGCUGAUUUAAAUGAAUUUGAAAAUGAUGUAGGAUGUGGUUCAUUACCAAUGGAAGUGAGACAAUUUUAUAAAAAGCAUGAUGGACAAGAAAGAGGAGGUGACCCCACUGGACUUAUCAUGGGUCUUACUCUUUUGGAUUUAGAAAGUAUUGUGGAAGAAUAUAAAAUUUGGGGUACAGUAGCCAAUAGAUUGGAAAAACAACAAUAUAUUGCUCAACAUCAACAACAUGCUCCUUCUGCUACUGCUGGUAGUAGUUCUAGAAAUGGAAUUAAGAAGGAUAUUGGUAGUAACAACUUUCUUGCCAACCAAAGAUCUCUUCCUCCACAGGCAAUUCAACCAGUUUAUGUUCAUAAAGGAUGGAUUCCUGUGGUUAAGGAUGCAUAUGGUAACCAAGUUGCCGUUGAUUUGGCACCAGGACCAUCUGGAAUCUGGGGGCAAAUGAUUCUUUUCGGUAGAGAAUUCGAUACUAAGGUUGUUGUUGCAGCAUCUUUCCAAGAAUUUAUAUUUAAUUUUGUUAAUGAUUUAGAGGCUGGUAACUUCAAAAUUGAUCAAUCAGAAGGAAAUGAAGAAUAUGGAUAUUUGGAGAUUUCAAGAGAUGAUGAUUAUAUGAUUGGAGCAGAAGAAGAAGGACAAGGAGAAUUAACAUUUUUCGAUAGAGGUGGCAAAGAAUUUGGUAAGAGUAAGGAAGUUUUAUCAUAUAUUGAAGUUUUAAAGAGAAGAGCAUUAAGAAAAUUCGGAAUAACGAAUGUUGAUAGUUUUAAUACUGCAUUUGUUCCACAAAGAGUGAAGAAGGUUGGAUCCACUUCACCAAUUGUUGGAGGAUCUUCUAGUAGACCAACUACUCCGAUUACUAGUCCUAAGCCAAAUUCCAGUAGUCCUGGAGUGAGUGGAUUAACCAAGGAAACUUUGAUUGAUGAGGAAUCUAGUAAGAAGGAACAAAAGAAGACAUUUGUUAAAUCUGAAAGAGAGGAAAAGAAGUCUGAGCCAAAGAUUGAGAACAAGGCUGAAGUGCCAAAGGUUGUAGAACCAAAGGUUGAAGAACCAAAGGAAGAAGAGCCAAAGGAAGAAGUUAAAGAAGAAGUCAAAGAAGAAGUCAAAGAAGAAGUUAAAGAAGAAUCUAAGGGGAAAAAGAAUAAUAAGAAGAAGAAUAAGAAGGGAGGUAAGAAAGAAUCCGUAGCCGAAGAAAAGGAAGAUGUCAAAGAAGAUGGUGAAGAAGUAGCUAAAGAAGAAGUUAAAGUAGAUGAAGUUACAGAUGGCUUAAAAGAAGUCGAAUUAUAGGUAUAUACAGAAAAGAAGAGUUUAAAUAAAGAAACGUAACGUGUCAGUAAAUUAUUGUAGU